CACACCCACCCAAUAUCCGACAGAGGUAUUUCCUCAAGCGCCUGUCAACGGGUAAAAAUUACUUUAGCGUGUCGCCGCAACGCGCCCGUUGAAUCUUCAGCAUUAAAUACCGAAACUUCUCCAAAUAUCACGUUUUUAUCGACAGGAGGAGGUUGGAUUCACUUUCUUGAAACCUGCCAGGUCUGCCAUGCGCCUCAGCUGAACAGCCUUGGAGACAGUGAACUUGUGCAGCUGUGAAAGAGAAAUCUCUCGCGCUGUAUGAAUAGCGACAGAUGUUUGCUGCGCGAGCCGGUCAUUCGCCAGCAAGCGUGAUCGAUGGACCGCUGCGCUUUCGGAAUCUUGAACACGCACUUUGUGGAUAUAUAUAUUAAUUGGAUGGGGUUUAUUAACUCGCCGUCAUCUGAAAUAUGAUGUGUACAAUCUUAAAUGCUAAAAUAAAAUAUGAGCGAUUGCGCGUUCUCGGAAAUUAUCCUCGUGCCUCGUCAACUCACCGUACCUGACCGCGCGAGAGGAAUUUAACCGUGAGCGCCCGAAAAUAACCAGGAUUAUCGUUUCGCAUGGAUGUGGAUGAACGGACAAACUCGUGCCAAAUAAAUCCUUAUUUAUUUCCUUAAACUGGCAAACGAAAACCUUCCAUGUGUGCUCAUAAAACUGGGAUCCCGUGUUUUAUGUACUGUCGGCGAUGUAGUGCGCUUGCUCACUUUUAUCCCUGCCAUUCCCAACAAAUCUUUUCUUGAACAAGACACAUUAAAGAUGAUCCUUUUUAGAAAAUUCCGCGUCUUGGUUUUAAUGGUGUUUCUUAUAGCCUGCUCAAUGCACAUUAUGAUAGACUUACUGCCAAAGCUGGAGAGACGGGGCACUAGCGCCUGCUUGUGCUCUCACGCGCCCAGCGAAGAGCCGCAGAACUGGGCGAAGCAUCGAGCCAAACCGGGAUCAGAGUCCGGCUGGCCUAAUAAACACACGCUGAGAAUACUUCAGGACUUCAGCAAUGAACCAAACUCAAACCUGUCCUCCCAUUCACGGGAAAAGAUUACCGUUGGGGAAAAAUCUGAGACUUUAAAGAGAAUCGAGCGGCUGAAGACAGGUGACGACAAGCGCGCGACACGGGACUCUAGCUUCCGUAAGCACGCGGCCGUCAAAGGUUCAAAGCUUUCUGCUCUGUUUCAGCAUCCUUUAUAUUUGAGGCCGUUGCCUCCUUUGGCUGAUGAAGACACGCUGUUCAAUGUCAACACUGAUAUAAGAUUUGACCCUAAAGCUGCUGAAAACCCGGAGUGGCAAGGAGAGGAAAAAGAUGGAGAUUACGCUACUACAGGCAAAAUCUCCCCAGACUCCUACCCAAACUGGCUCCGCUUCCACAUUGGGAUCAACCGGUAUGAGCUGUACUCCAGGCACAACCCAGUCAUUGAUGCCAUGCUGAAAGACUUGAUCUCGCAACAAAUUACCAGUGUUGCAAUGAAAUCUGGAGGAACGCAAUUGAAGCUCAUCAUGACAUUCCAGAACUAUGGCCAGGCUCUCUUCAAACCCAUGAAGCAGACACGGGAGCAGGAGACGCCCCCCGACUUCUUCUACUUCUCCGAUUUCGAGAGGCACAAUGCAGAGAUCGCAGCAUAUCAUCUAGACAGGAUCUUGGAUUUUCGUCGAGUACCACCAGUGGCCGGAAGAGUGGUGAAUAUGACUAAAGAGAUCAGAGACGUGACCCGGGACAAAAAGCUGUGGAGAACCUUUUUUAUUUCACCAGCCAAUAACAUCUGCUUCUAUGGUGAGUGUUCGUAUUACUGCUCGACUGAGCAUGCUCUGUGUGGGAAGCCUGACCAGAUAGAGGGCUCAUUAGCAGCUUUUCUGCCAGAUCUGGCUUUGGCCAAGCGCAGGACCUGGAGAAACCCCUGGAGGCGAUCCUACCACAAACGCAAGAAAGCAGAGUGGGAGGUUGAUCCAGAUUACUGUGAAGAGGUGAAGCAAACACCGCCCUAUGACAGCGGCACUCGUCUGCUGGACAUCAUGGACAUGACAAUCUUCGAUUUCCUUAUGGGAAAUAUGGAUCGUCAUCAUUAUGAGACCUUUGAAAAAUUUGGAAAUGAAACGUUCAUUAUUCAUCUUGAUAAUGGAAGAGGAUUUGGUAAACAUUCUCACGAUGAGCUUUCCAUACUGGUGCCUUUAAGUCAAUGCUGCAGGGUGAAGAAGUCCACCCAUUUACGGCUUCAACUGUUGGCUAAGGAGGAAUACAGACUGAGCGUUCUAAUGGAAGAAAGCCUCCAGACAGACACCCUCUCACCAAUCCUCAUAAAACCUCACCUGGACGCCAUGGACCGCAGACUACGCCUGGUGCUUCAGGUUCUGGCUGACUGCAUUGAGAAGGAGGGAUACACUAACGUUGUAGAGGAUGACAUGGGCACAGAGGGUACAGACACAGGCACGGUCUCUGUCCCACAGAGGUAGUGGGCACAGCCCGACCAGGUGCCCUCGUCGGUUUUUUUGAAGUCCUACCUUAACUCUUAUGGGCCAUGAACAUCUUGCAAGAGAUGCUCUUGUUGAUAAACUUUUCUGAAUUCAGUGAAUUCCAAAGACUCGUUCAAUAACAAAUGGACAAUGUGUUAGAAAAUGAUUCACUGCGGAG